AUGGAGAAAAAAGGCAAGAUUGAUUUCUAUGGUUUGCUGGAACUUGAGAAAUCAGCUACCACCGAGUAAAUAAAAUCUUCUUAUAAAAAACUAGCACUGAGAUGGCAUCCUGAUAAAAAUAAUAAUUCUGAGGAAUCUAAUGAGAAGUUCAAAUUAAUAUCAGAGGCAUAUUCGGUGUUGAGUAAUCCAUAGAGAAGAAAACAUUAUGAUAGAUUUGGCACAGUUGAAGAGAGCACAGCUGAUGAUGAUGAUUUCUUCCAGCAUUUCUCAAUGUUUAUGGGAGGAGGAAAGUCCUCUGGGGAUGAUUUUUUUGACCAUUUUGAUGAGUUCACUACAUUUUUGGAGUCUGAUACUAAAUUCAUGAGGAAGAUGUUUAGAGAUGUGGGCAAGGAUGUAAGAGUAAAGGGCAAGCGCAGAAAGUAAGGCGGAGGUGGUGGAAGUAGACUAAAGGACGACAUGGGAAUGGGAUUUGGAAUGAGCAUGGGUAUGGGUAUGGGAAUGCCUGAUGAUAUUGAUGAUAUGCUUUCGUUCUUUAUGAUGCCUGGCCUGAUGGGCAUGCCAAUGGGAGGAAUGGGCAAAAAGAACAAUAAAAAGAAGAAGGCUAAAAAAGAAGAGGAAGAUGAUGGCUGGAAUACUGAAGAAGAGGAAAUAGACGAUGAAGAUGGAGUAAUUAAAGAGAAAAAAGAUGGAGAUAAAGAAGAUGAAGGCUGGGAAACUGUGUCUGAGGAUGAUGAGAAAUGA